UAUGAAGUAAAAGCUGAUAUUUGAUUUCUAAACAUUGUUUCCCUUUUCACCGGAAACAAUAUGGCGUUGCUUUAGGAUACAAACAAAAUGUUUGAUAAAAACGCCAGGCCUAUAGUUCAUAUGUUCACUCAGUGAAGAUAUUAAUAAUUCAAAAAUGGAUGCUCAUUUAUUAGAGCCAGAUACCACAAAUGAAGCCAUCUCAAGUACUUUUUUAAAGCAACUGUUACUUUCUGCGGUUGGUAUUUAAUUUUUUUUUUUACUAUUUCAAAUUUGAAUAACAAUAUUUAAUAUUAUUAGCCGAGCCCCUUUAAUUUUUGCUUUGUUUACCAAAGCGACAACAAAUAACAUGUUAAUAAACGAAUUUUUUAAAUUUAGAAGAAAAACAAAAUUAAGUUUCAUCCUAUCAAUACUAUCAGAUUUGUCAUUGUCAUUUACAGCAAAAAUUUUAAAAUAGAUCUGCUCCCAGUACAAAAUCUGAAAAAUGAUUAAUACUGUAAUUUACUGUUACAUGUCUCUUCUUGAGGUCCAGACAGAUCCCUUUACUACUAAUAACAACCCACUCUCACUCAAACUCUCAUUGUCUAGAUUGUCACAGACCCCAAGUUAUAUUAUAUUAUACAAAAAAAAUCACCUACUAAACAUGAUCACACAAGAUGUCUUUCACUACAUGAGUUCACAACAUAACUCUAAGCUCAACUCUAUCACUAUGAGGACUUUCAACAUGAUACUACGACAUCCCAUAAAACUCUAUGAGAUCUCUCCACACACACAAACUAUAAUCUUGUGGUGACACACAAUAUAUAUACACUACACUCAGAUGUUUAUUAUUUUACCCUUUCAACUAAUGAAAUUUAGACAUAUAAUAUCACUCUGACUCACGCCACAGUAUUCAAAAGUGUUCACCUAAGAGGCCAUCCAUAUAGUACUUAAUAGCAAAAAAGUCAAAUUUUCUUCCCUCAAUCCCCCUGUUGAAAGGAAAUUAGCGAAACAAAGUAUGGGAAAACCUUUAAAAAAAAGAGGACUCAACAAAACAAUGAAUGUGUCAGCAAGAAGCCUUCUUUAGCGAGCUAACAAUAUUAAAAACAAAAUAUAAAUAAAAUAUCAUUUAGCUGCAAUGUAGUAUUAGAGAGCCUUUCUUUUCAGAUAAAGAUAAUGAAUACUUUAGUUUUUCCAUUAUGUGAUGUAGACUAUGUCAAUAUUCUCAAACUAGGAUUGAAAUAAAAUUGUAUAAAAAAUAUUCAACUUAAAAGUCAGGGCUUGAGAAAGUAAAGAAUUAUGGUUGGUAAAAGCAUUAGUGUAACACAAAUUAGAUAAAUAUACCACACUUUAUUCACAGCUCAUGUACACCCUGCCCCCGCCCCCCUCCUGCAAAUGGUGGGGCUAAAUAUUACUGUUGCUACCAUACUGCUAGUGUGAUAUAUAUCUUAGCAUGUUCACUUGUGAAAAAAACAACAAUAUGAUGACAAUAACAAAACAUUGCAUGAUAAUUUUACAGUAUUAGAGAUAUGAAUAGUUUAUUUGUGGAUUGUCAGAAUUUCAGUAUAAUUAUUGCAGAAGUAUUAUUUUUUUUGUCAAUAAAUGUAUGUAAUUUCUGUUGAGACACACCCCCCCCCCCACCUUCCCAUUCAUCUGUAUGCAUAUGCAAAAUCUCCAAUCCAACCCCCCCUCCCCAGUGCAUACAUGUUAUAUGGAUUGCCCCUAAACACUGUUAUUCCCAUACCUUGACAUUUAUACUACCAUAAGGACAAACUCUGUAGGAAUUACAUAUUUAACCUAAACAUAAUUUUAUCUUCACUGUGGAAUAACACGGAAUGAAGGCAGAAAUUAAUGAGUUGUAGGAAAUGAAAUAUUGCUUAGAAGCGGUGUCAACUUCCAUUAUUUGCAACUAGGCUGCCCAAUGUCAAUUUCAUGUCAAUUCAUAAGGCAUUUGAUUCAGAAAAGAUCUUUUUAUAAAAAAGGUUGCUGGCCUAUUGCUGGCUGAUUGAGUAGGUGUUUGCACAAGGUUAGGGUGAGCUUGUGACCGGUGAUUUCUCUGUGAAAAGUGUCGUUUUUAAGUUUGACAUCUAAGCCUUUUAGUUACUGGUAGUUUUUAAUUAUAUAAAACCAUUGUUGAUAUUUGGGGAGAUUUCACUAUACUUCAUUUCACAGUAACCCUACGUAAAAUAAUACCAUUAUUCUUUUUAAAAUUACAUUUCCACAAUUUAUGUUAAGAUUGAAAACUGAUCAUUACAGGUACCGUAACAAAGAGUCUUCUACUAAGCAAUGUGAAAUUCAAAUUGUAGUUUUCAAUUUUACAGGAUAACCAAAAGUUGCAACAGGACAAUGUUUCUCAGAGCGGAAUUCCUACAGUCAGCAUCAAACCCAAAGCAGGCAAGUUUUGUAAACAUAAUUUUCAGAAGCAAAAAUGUUUUGUUUCUCCAGUAUGUGAUAUAUAACUAGGAUUUAAAUACAAUUCUAUCAAGUUUAUUCAAAUUUUAAGUCUGGGCUUGAGAAAGUAAAGAAUUAUUGUUGGGAAAAGCAUUAUUUUCACCAAAUUUAUUCACAUUUCUAUUUCUCUUUCAAAAUAUACAGGCAUGUGUAUGAAAACAAGAACAGAAAGUGGGGAUAAAGUGUUUAUUAAUAUAUGUCAUUCAGAAAAUGUGAGUGUGGCAAUAAUAAUUAAUUAACUUCCUUACUGAUUGAAAUAAUUGCUUGAAAUAUAAAGCAAAAUUUCAUUUUGACCAUUCGUAAUAAUUUUUUUUACAUUACAGAGCAGUCAUAGAAAAGAACUUUUAAAAGCAUCCACUAAUCCCUAAACACUAAAAAUAAUGAACAACACAGUGUAGCCCCAACAGAGAAUACUCGCAAAAUGUAUUUGUUUUCUCAUAAUUUAGUUUUAUUCUAGAAAGUAAAAUAAUUCAAGUUGUAUCAUCAAUGACUGAUCCAAAGGUUCCAGAACCUAAAGAUCUUACAGAUGAUGAAUUGCUCAAAGUUUUAGAGUCUGAGGACCCAACCCAAUUCAGGAUUCCAAUGAGCAUAGGGGAGCCCCAUGCUGAGAUAGACAAAUGCAAGUUUAAACUAGAAAUGAAUUAAAAUAUGCAAUUGUGUUCUCAAGUAGAACUGCUAUUAAAAAGAAAUUUUGAAACAUUUUAGUUAAGAUAAGUACAUGCAUUAAAAAAAAAUAGUACACAAAAAGUACUUUUUUUUUAGAAAUAAAUUUAUGUUCCAGAUUCCAAGAAUAUUAAAAUUUUCCUUUAAAGAAAUGCUUGAAAGUUAAAGUCAGGAAUAUAAAUUUAAAUACUUUUCUAACUGUAUUACACUAUAACAUAUUAGUAUUAGUAGGUAGAGACCAUUCCAUCUUGUAAACUACUAAUCAGUUUUAAUUUCUAAUUGUGGUAUAUGGAAACAAACUAAUUAUGUUGUUUUCUUAUUCAGCUGGCAGUGGUUGUACAGUCUAUGAUGUUGUCAUUCAUCCAAAUUUUUUGAAAAAAAUAGAAAAAAGUGAAUUGUUCAAGACUUUUUUUCUCACAAUAAUGUGUGAAGGAGUAGAGAGCAAAUAUGAUAUUUUACUGAAACGAGGUAAGUUUUUAGUUGCAGUUAUUUUUUAAAGAUUUUUUAGAAUUAAAAUUGGUUUUGGUUACUUAUGUGAAAUGAUUUUUUUAGUUGUAUUUGUUGCUCACUUAAAAUUAAAAUAAUUUCAAAUAAGAACAAUUAAUUUAAAUACCGUAACAAAAAAAAAAGGGGUGGGGAGAAAUUCAUUAAAUAUUUAUAUUUAUUCAUUUAUUCAGAUUGGAUAUUUCUCAAAAACCGUAAAAGCAUUGGAAAGCUGAUAGAGCAGACAAUUCGAACAAAGCCUACACCUCUUAUUUUGGACAUGGAUAAGUAUGUGGAAUUUAGUUUUCUUAUGAUCAAACAUAUUGUAUGUUGUUUUUUUUCUAUGUAGAUAAAGCAAGGCAGGCCUGGCAAACUGCCCCCUCAGGCCACUGUCAAUUUGGAAAUGGGGGAAUAUGUAGAUUAAUAAAUAACCUUGGCAACCUUAUGACACAUUAACAUUGUUUGCCUCAUAAAAAUAACAAUAAUAGAUUCCAAUACAUCCCAAGCUAUAGCAAUCGCUCUUUGUGAGGAAAAAAAGGCUUGGUAAAAUACUUUAUUUGAUACUAACCACGACAAAAAUAGCUUUGCUCAUUUGAGAAAUAGUGGUGAAUCUUUACUCAAAAUAUGUUACUGUGAUUUGAAAAUGUCUCUCCUAAAUUUACCACUUUACAUAUUAUAUAAAUUUAAGGAACCAAAAAAAAAAAGACAUUUAAUAAGAAGCGAAAAUCUUUUGAGCAAGGUAGUAAAUAUAUAAAAAAAUAUAGUAUUUUAUAGGAUUUCAUUGACAUUGAUUUUACUAUCUAGUACUGUCGGUGAUCAACUACCCAUGAGACAACCUGAGAAACGAAACUUGAUUGAAGAAGUCCAUCAGCAGGAAGAGGAGCUAAACAAAAAGUGAGAGAGAAAAAAAUCCUUGUUAUUUAACCAAAAAUUGUAAAUGUAUCCUAGGACUUUCUGGUGCCUGGACUGCGUAAAUUUGUUUUAUUUAACAUUAAAAAUUUAUUUUUGUUUUUGUAGUUCAAAUACAAAAUUGGUUUCUUUUCCAAUAAUAUUUUUCAUAAAAGUGACCCUGUAAUCUUGACCCUUGUCAAUCUCCAUAACCACAUUAAACUCUUCAUUCAAUGGCACAGUUAAAAGUCAUACAUUCACUUGUUUAUCAUCAAAAGGAACAAAACUUACAUGCGAUCUUGAAAUAUGACCCUAACAUUUUUAUAUUCCAUGUCAUUUUUUAAAAAGAAAUGGACAUGCUUAAUUAAAUUAAUAAUUAAAUGUCAUUUUUUGGAAUUAAAAAGUUAGUUGAUCAAAGUAUUUAUGUAAUUAACCAGUGGCAUAUAGUAAUAGUAUUACUUAUUUUCUAGUCACAUUAUUCAAACAUAUUUAAUUACCUCAACAUUCUUUCCAUUUUAACAUUUUGGUUUGAAUAAAUUGUGAGCUUUUUUUUAAAGUAUUUGUCUUCAUAUAAUUUUUCUUAAAAUUAUUAAUAUGAAGUCAGUGUCAGUAUCAUCAAUUUACAAUCUAAAUUACCAAAACUAAUCCAAGUUAUACAUUUUGUCAUUUAUCUCAUUUCAAAAGAAACCAAAAAAUAACAUUUUAUAAAAAAUUGUUAUUAAUAUAGUAACAAAUUGCAGCUAGUCAUUAGAGUCGUGUAGAAAAUGUUAUUAGCGGUAUUAGAUUGUAGUAAUAUGUUAAGAAUGAAUAUUCAAUACUCAGAGCUCCAGAACCAAGCUUCACAAUUGUACAAGAGCCCCUUGAGGGAUAUCCAGAUUUUCUGGUUGCAGAAAUUUCUCUUUCAAAUAUAGUAAGUUGUGGCCAUAUCAAAUAAUAUUUUACCUUAAAUCUAAACAAAAUUGGAAGGUAAAAAAUGGACGAAAUUGGGCUACUUUAUAUUUUCUUCUUGGUAUCUCUUUCGGAAUUUUUCAUUAAAAAAAAAAAAUUCAUGUCACACUGGCAAGUUUCUAUAAUUUAUCUCUAUCAAGAAACAUAAAAAUAUAUGAAGAGAUUGAAUGAAAGGUGGCUUUUCCACUUUUACAAUUUUUGUGUAUUUUUUGUGUAGAUGUUUUAAUCCCUUGAAGUUAAUUUAAAAACACAGUAAAGUUGGCCAAUGUCUCUACUAAAUAAGAUGUGUUAUAUUAAUGCUCCAGAGCCAUAAAAUAAGUCAGACAAUGGGUUUGGAAGUUAAGGCGAACUUUCGUGUUUUUCUGCUAUAGAUGACAGACCCAAAGACUUCGUGUGAUUACAAAGUUUCAAAAAAGUCACUCACAAUAAAUGUAUUAUUUUUACUUCUUAGUCAAAAAAAGUCCAAAUAACAUCAGUUCCUUAUUUUAAUAUAAAAGCUGAAUGGGAGAAUAAAAUCUCACAGACAUGUUUGCGUCAGAUAAUAAAGUUUAUGUUUUCUUUUUUUUUUUCCUUCAGAAAACAGCACAGUCCUUGACCUUGAACAUAGGAGAAGACCGCUUGGUUCUGACAACCAGGUCCCACACAUACUACCUUGAUAUUUUCCUCCCCUAUUAUUUGCUCAGAGAUGAGUGUGGAGCACAAUUUAACAGAGCAUCUAAAGUAAGGAAUAAUAACUUGAUUGAGUCAGCCUUCCCUCUGUAGUAACAUCAUUUAAUGUUCAAGUUUAACUACAUUCAUAAAUGCCAAACUUAAAAAUAAAAACCAGUCAUGGAAACCUUUACACAGCAAAUUAAAAAUCAAAAUAAAUAACAUUUUUCAGUUCAUAAGAGGCUGGCAUUUUUUAGCGUCCCUUAUACAAAACACUCAGAUAUUCCUUGGUGGUUUGUCAACCACUCACUUAGAAACUUCCUCCGGUGCAGGCCUCAUUCCAACUUCAUGUUUCUCAAAUUACAUUGCGCUAUUUAAUUGAUAGUUUGCAACAAUGAAAAUAAAAGAUGUCAGCUGUAAAUGACAUAUAAACAGAGAAGAUCGGGACACUUUAGUUUAAGAAGUUGAUAAUAAGUUGUUUGACAUUAAAAUCAAGGCAUCAAUGUAAUUAGUUUUAUUACUAAUGCUAUUUAAGUGGUAUAAUAAGCCUAUAUUAUAAAUAUUCAAUAGAAAUUAAAAGAAUACUAGACACUGUAGUUCUGGCUUAGAAUUGCACAGACGGACUUGUGAUCAUGGUUUAUUACCUACUGCAAUAUUGUCAAAGUGCUGUCUAUUCACAAAUACGUUUCUACUGGACACCAAUACACCACUCCCAGAUUCUAUAUUUCGAUAAUACCUUAUUGAUAGCUUAACAAUGUCAAGGUCACUUUGAUUUAGAAUGUUAAAGCCCAAAUGUGACCAACUUUGAAUUUAUGUUAAGUAAAUGUUUGAAUGUGUGCAAUCUUGGUUCUAAAUCUGGUGAAAACCUGUACAAAACUGUAAAGUGCUGGACAGUGCCAUUUAAAUAGGUAUUCUGAAUGAAAAUUUUAUAUUGAAAUUAAAUAAAAUUCAACUAUUCCCCUAAAUAGAGCUGGCUUAAUUAAUCAGAACAGAACCACCAAAUUUUAAUUCUCUAUCUCAAAUUUUUAGAAAGUUAUGAAUUUUUAAAAACUUGGGAACAUCUUCAAUCUACGUUAUUAGCAAAUAAAAAUUAUUUUUAAAAAUACUAUUUCUUCACAGAUUCUCACAGUAACAAUGCCAGUGAGGCCUUCUGAGAAGUCUUGACUGACAUCAAUUGUCACAACAUUAGUGCUAUACAGCUAAUUUUAAUUUGAUGUUCUUCAGGGGAAAAAAUACAAUAAUUAAACUUUUAUUUUUGUUCUUAACUUGAAAUAUUAUUUUCUAUGCAGUGUGUUGACAUUAAAUAAAAUUGGACUCGAUUAAGAAGUCAGGA